CUUUUCUUUUCUUGUUAUUAUUAUUAUGGCUUCUGGACGUAAAAAAGCACUUUUAAAGGUUAUUAUUCUUGGUGAUAGUGGUGUUGGAAAGACUUCGUUGAUGAACCAAUAUGUUAAUAACAAGUUUUCUAACCAAUACAAGGCCACUAUUGGUGCAGACUUCUUGACCAAAGAAGUGAUGGUAGAUGAUCGUAUAGUGACCAUGCAGAUUUGGGACACAGCUGGUCAGGAACGUUUUCAAUCCUUAGGUGUAGCAUUUUACCGAGGUGCUGAUUGUUGUGUUCUUGCGUAUGACGUAAAUAACAGCCGAAGUUUUGAAUCCUUAGAUCAAUGGCGAGAUGAAUUCUUGGUUCAAGCUUCUCCUAGAGAUCCUGAUCGUUUCCCUUUUGUUCUUUUAGGUAACAAGAUUGACGUUGAAGAGAGUAGAAGAAUGGUUUCUCAAAAACGUGCUAUGGCUUGGUGUCAAUCUAAGGGCAAUGUUCCUUAUUUCGAAACCUCUGCUAAAGAAGCCAUCAAUGUGGACCAAGCCUUCCAGACCAUUGCCAAGAAUGCUUUGUCACAAGAAACAGAUGUAGACAUUGAUUUUCCUGAUACCAUUCAAAUACCAAGUGGAAGACAAGAACAAGAGCCUGGUUGUGCCUGUUAACGCACUUCUUUUUUUUUUUUUUUGUGGGACGUCACGCUUAAAAUUCCGCCUUUCUCUUUUUCUUCUUUGCUUUAAUAAACUUCUC